AUGUUCUAUGAUGGAAAUCAUACUUACCUUAUUGAGCCAGAUGAAAACUACACUUCAGAUGAUGACUUCCAUUUCCACUCGGUUUACAAAUCCAAGUUGUUUGAGUUUCCUUCGGAUGACCUGCCAUCUGAGUUCUGGCAGAUGAAUACUACAUCGCAGAAGUUUGUUGUAAAGCCAAGACACAAAAGAAGUAAAAGGCAGGUUCGUCAGAUUCCACGUAAAGUUGAAGAGGAAACAAAAUACAUUGAGUUAAUGAUUGUAAACGAUCACCUAAUGUGUAAAAAGCACCGCUUGUCAGUCGGCCAUACAAACAGCUAUGCUAAAUCGGUUGUGAACAUGGCAGAUUUAAUAUAUAAAGAACAACUUAACACCAGGAUAGUAUUGGUUGCCAUGGAAACCUGGGCUACUGAUAACAAGUUCACCAUAUCUGAAAACCCCUUGGUGACCCUACGUGAGUUUAUGAAAUAUAGGAGGGAUUUUAUCAGAGAGAAAAGUGACGCAGUUCACCUUUUUUCGGGGAGUCGAUUUCAGAGCAGUCGGAGUGGUGUAGCCCACACUGGUGGAAUCUGCUCCUUGCUUAAAGGCGGAGGUGUGAAUGAGUUUGGAAAGCCAGACUUAAUGGCAGUUACUCUGGCACAGACCUUGGCCCAAAACAUUGGCAUUUUCUCAGACAGAAGAAAACUUAUAAGUGGUGAGUGUAAGUGUGAGGACACGUGGUCUGGAUGCAUAAUGGGAGACACGGGGUAUUAUCUUCCAAGCAAGUUCUCCAAAUGUGAUAUUGAAGAGUAUCAUGAGUUUUUAAACAAUGGAGGUGGAGCCUGCCUUUUCAAUAAACCAACCAAGCUUCUGGAUCCUCCAGAAUGUGGCAAUGGCUUUGUGGAAGAUGGAGAAGAGUGUGACUGUGGGACGAUAGCGGAGUGUGCCAGCGAAGGCGGGGAGUGCUGCAAUACUUGCACCCUGACGGCGGGUUCCCAGUGCAGCAACGGGCUUUGCUGUCGGAAGUGCCGGUUUGAACCUAAAGGAGUUUUGUGCCGAGAAGCAGUGAAUGAUUGUGAUAUUGCAGAGAACUGCACAGGAAAUUCCAGUCAGUGUUCUCCCAAUAUUCAUAAAAUGGAUGGAUAUUCAUGUGAUAACAAGCAGGGUAUUUGCUUUGGAGGAAGAUGUAAAACCAGGGACCGGCAGUGUAAAUAUAUCUGGGGUGAAAAAGUGACAGCUGCUGACAGGUACUGCUAUGAGAAGUUGAAUAUUGAAGGGACUGAGAAAGGAAACUGUGGAAGAGACAAGGACUCUUGGAUACAGUGCAAUAAACAGGAUGUGCUUUGUGGAUACCUUCUGUGCUCCAAUAUAUCCAGUGUGCCCAGACUUGGAGAACUUGAUGGUGAAAUCACAUCGUCAAUCUUGCAGUUUGGAAAAGUGUACAAUUGCAGUGGCGGCCACGUGAAGCUCGAUGAAGAGACGGACCUGGGCUAUGUGGAGAACGGGACACCGUGUGGGCCCAACAUGGUGUGCCUUGACCAUCGCUGCCUCCCUGCUGAGGCCUUCAACUUCAGUACCUGCCCAGGCACCACAGACAGCCAGAUUUGUUCAGGACACGGUGUUUGUAGCAAUGAAAUAAAAUGUGUCUGUGACCGAUUUUGGGGAGGAGAUGACUGCAGUUUUCGCAUCAAAGAUGAUAAAUUUUUUGAUAAAGAUGCCAUCAAUAAAGGUGUUGUUAGCACAAAUAUAAUAAUAGGGGCUAUUGCUGGCACCAUUUUAGUGUUGGCCCUCGUUUUAGGAAUAACUGGUUGGGGUUACAAAAACUACAGAAGACAGAGACAAAUACCCCAGGGAGAUUAUGUAAAAAAGCCUGGAGAGGCCGACUCUUUUUAUAGCGACAUGCCUCCUGGAGUCAGCACAAACUCUGCAUCUAGUUCUAAGAAGAGGUCAAAUGGAUUAUCUCAUUCCUGGAGUGAAAGGAUCCCAGACACAAAACAUAUUUCAGACAUUUGUGAAAAUGGGAGGCCUAGGAGUAAUUCUUGGCAAGGUAAUAUAGGAGGAAACAGAAAGAAAGUCAGAGGCAAAAGAUUUAGGCCACGGUCUAAUUCAACUGAGUAUUUAAACCCAUGGUUCAAAAGAGAAUAUAAUGUAGCUAAGUGGGUAGAAGAUGUGAAUAAAAACACUGAAGGACCAUACUUUAGGACACUGUCUCCUGCAAAGUCUCCAUCUUCGUCCACUGGAUCUAUUGCUUCCAGCAGAAAAUAUCCAUACCCAAUGCCACCACUUCCUGAUGAGGAGAAAAAAGCCAACAGGCAAAGUGCCAGGCUAUGGGAGACAUCCAUUUAG